AUGCCAGACUUGAACAUCAAGGCCCCCAAGAUCUCCAUGCCUGAUGUUGACUUCAACCUGAAGGGGCCCAAGCUGAAGGGCGAUGUCGAUGUGUCUGUUCCGAAGCUGGAAGGUGACCUGAAGGGAUCUGAGGUCAACAUUAAGGGGCCAAAAGUAGAUGUUGACCUUCCAGAUGUUGAUUUGGAAGGCCCAGAAGGGAAGCUGAAGGGCCCCAAGUUCAAGAUGCCAGACUUCAACAUCAAGGCCCCCAAGAUCUCCAUGCCUGAUGUUGACUUCAACCUGAAGGGCCCCAAGCUGAAGGGGGACGUGGACAUGUCCGUCCCCAAGCUGGAAGGUGACCUGAAGGGCCCUGACAUUGACAUCAAAGGCCCCAAGGUUGAUGUUGACCUUCCUGAUGUUGAGCUGGAAGGUCCAGAGGGGAAGCUGAAGGGCCCCAAGUUCAAGAUGCCGGACUUCAACAUCAAGGCCCCCAAGAUCUCCAUGCCCGACGUUGACUUCAACCUGAAGGGCCCCAAAGUGAAAGGUGACGUCGAUGUUUCCCUUCCCAAGCUGGAAGGUGACCUGAAGGGACCUGAGGUGGACAUCAAGGGCCCCAAAGUUGACAUUGAGGCACCUGACUUGGACAUUCAUGGCCCAGAAGGUAAAAUAAAACUGCCCAAGUUCAAAAUGCCCAAGUUUGGGGUGAAAGGAGAAGGUCCAGAGGUUGACGUCAAUCUCCCCGAAGCCUCUGUUGGUGUUUCGGGUCCGGAGGUUGAUGUCACUGUUCCUGACCUGGAUAUUGAAGGACCAGAAGGGAAGCUUAAGGGCCCCAAAUUUAAGAAACCCGACUUGCAGUUCAACGUUCCCAAAAUCUCCAUGCCAGACAUCGACUUAAAUCUGAAAGGCCCCAAACUGAAAGGUGAUGUCGAUCCUUCUCUGCCCAAAAUCGAGGGCGAGCUGAAAGGUCCUAAACUUGACAUCAAAGGGCCGGAACUUGAAAUCGAGGGACCAAAGGUUGAUCUCGAAGCCAAGACGAAAAAACCUAGGUUUAAACUUCCCAAAUUUGGCUUUUCUGGUCCUAAAGUGCAAAGUCCCGACGUGGAUGUGAAACUGAAAAAACCCGAUGUUGAAAUAUCUGGUCCAAAAGUUGAUGUUCAUGCUCCAGAUGUGGAUGUCCAGGCCAAAUCAAAAGGGUCGAAAUUUAAAAUGCCGUUCCUGAGCAUUUCCUCCCCGAAAGUCUCGAUGCCGGACGUGGAGCUCAACCUGAAAGGGCACAAACUCAAAGGAGAGAUGGAUGUGUCCACCCCCAAGUUGGAAGGGGAGUUGAAAGGUCCCGAAGUGGAUAUCAAGGGCCCCAAAGUCAACGUCGAGGUGCCCGACGUGGACGUUCACGGGCCGGAGGGUAAACUCAAAAUGCCCAAGUUCAAAAUGCCGAAAUUUGGGGUGAAGGCUGAGGGGCCAGAGGUGGACGUGAACGUGCCCAAAGGAGACCUGGAGGUUUCUGGCCCAAAGGUGGACGUUGAAGGGCCAGAGUUGGACAUUGAAGGUCCAGAGGGGAAGCUGAAGGGCCCCAAGUUCAAGAUGCCCGAGAUGAACAUCAAGGCCCCCAAGAUCUCCAUGCCUGACAUCGACCUGAACCUGAAGGGCCCCAAGCUGAAGGGGGACGUGGACGUGUCUCUUCCCCAGGUGGAUGUGAAAGGACCCAAAGUGGACGUCGAGGUUCCUGACCUUGACGUUGAAGGUCCCAAAGGGAAACUGAAAGGCCCCAAGUUCAAGAUGCCCGAAAUGAACAUCAAGGCUCCCCACAUUUCUAUGCCGGACUUUGACUUGAAUCUGAAAGGUCCCAAGGCUAAAGGCGGGGUGGACGUUGAGCUUACUGGGCCAAAACUGGAAGGGGACUUGAGUGUGCCGGAUGUGAACAUUAAAGGCCCAAAGGUGGACAUCGAUGCGCCUGAGCUAGAUGUUGAGGGGCCAGAGGAAAAAUGGAAAGGUCCCAAGUUCAAGAUGCCUGAGAUGCACAUCAAGGCUCCCAAGAUCUCCAUGCCCGACGUUGACUUCAACCUCAAGGGUCCCAAGCUGAAAGGAGACAUCGAUGUUUCUGCUCCCAAGCUGGAAGGGGAUUUGAAGGCUCCUGACAUUGAUAUCGCAGGCCCCAAGGUGGACAUUGAUGUGCCCGACGUGGACAUUCAUGGCCCAGAAGGAAAAAUAAAACUGCCCAAGUUCAAAAUGCCCAAGUUUGGGAUGCCGGGGUUCAAAGCAGAAGGUCCGGAGGUGGACGUGAACCUGCCCAAAGGAGACCUGGAUGUUUCUGGCCCGAAGGUGGACAUUGAAGGUCCAGAGUUGGACAUUGAAGGCCCUGAAGGGAAGGUGAAGGGCCCCAAGUUCAAGAUGCCCGAGAUGCAUUUCAAAGCCCCCAAGAUCUCCAUGCCGGACUUCGAUCUGAACCUGAAGGGCCCCAAAGUGAAGGGGGAUGUGGAUGUUUCUGUUCCCAAGCUGGAAGGUGACCUGAAGGGCCCUGAGGUUGACAUUAAGGGGCCGAAAGUGGAUGUUGACCUUCCUGAUGUUGAGUUGGAAGGUCCAGAGGGGAAGCUGAAAGGCCCCAAGUUCAAGAUGCCUGAGAUGCACAUCAAGACCCCCAAGAUCUCCAUGCCCGACAUCGACCUGAACCUGAAGGGCCCCAAAGUGAAGGGAGACGUGGACGUGUCUGUUCCCAAGCUGGAAGGUGACCUGAAGGGACCUGAACUGGAUAUAAAAGGUCCCAAGGUUGACAUAGAUGUUCCCAAUGUGGAGAUCGAAGGACCAGAAGGAAAAUUGAAAGGCCCCAAGUUCAAGAUGCCCGAGAUGCACUUCAAAGCGCCCAAGAUCUCCAUGCCGGACUUUGACCUGAACCUGAAGGGCCCGAAAGUGAAGGGGGACGUGGACGUGGCUGUGCCGUGUGUGGAAGGUGACCUGAAAGGGCCGAAGGUUGAUGUGAAAGGUUCUGAGUUGGAUGUUAGCGGCCCAGAUGUUCAAAUUGAAGGCCCAGAAGGCAAGUUGAAGGGCCCCAAGUUCAAGAUGCCCGAGAUGCAUUUCAAAGCCCCCAAGAUCUCCAUGCCGGACUUCGAUCUGAACCUGAAGGGCCCCAAAGUGAAGGGGGAUGUGGAUGUUUCUGUUCCCAAGCUGGAAGGUGACCUGAAGGGCCCUGAGGUUGACAUUAAGGGGCCGAAAGUGGAUGUUGACCUUCCUGAUGUUGAGUUGGAAG